AUUUUCUGUCGGUACACGUGAGAAUGAGAUGCUUUCCUCCAAGAAUUCUGCCUUUUUUUUUCUUUUUUUUACCAUGCAACAAAUAGAGCCAGAGAGACAGGAGAUGACCAGAGAGACAUCAAUGUCCGGUAAUGAAUCAACGAAAGAUCACCUUUCAAGAUCCAUCCCGAUGAAGAUGCUGAUUAUGAUUGCCCUCCAUCUUCACCCACCUUCACCACACCCAUUAUCAUCACACCCUCACCUUCUUCUUCUUCCUCAAGUGACCGACACUUCUUAACCACCAAAAAUCCAGCAAAAAGUCCCUUAAUUUUUCUCCCCACUUUAAUCUUCACUUCUGACUCUGUUUCCGCCAUGGAAGAUUCUAGUUUUCGAGCGAGAAUCCUAGCUGGGUUCUACAUCUUAUCUCUUCUCCUCGGACUCGAGCUGUCUCUUGUAGUUGCAGAUGAUGUCAAUGGCGGAACUGGAGGAUCGUACGGUCAGGAUUCGACCCAGAAUCCUCAAGGAGACAGUGUGGGAUACGAUCUCUGUUCUUCCAAUCAAUUGUCGAGUUUUCUUCCUCCCCCUUACAGCAAUAUCUCCGACACCAUGCCAUGUAAGCCUCUCUGGAACACAUUCGUGUUACGGUACUCAGAGACCAAAGACAAUGUAAUGACAGUCAUACUAUCAGCUGUGUACACGACAGGGUGGGUCGGGAUAGGGUUCUCGAGAGACGGUAGAAUGGUAGGGUCGAGUGCGAUGGUCGGGUGGAUAACGAAGAAGGGUCACGCCAGGAUCAAGCAGUACUAUUUGCAGGGAACGGAGAAAGACCAAGUGGUGCCUGAUCAAGGCGAAUUACAACUGGAGAAAGUCCCACCAGUGGUGGCUCUUCACGGAGCAAUGAUUUACUUGGCUUUUCAGGUGAAGCUCGCCACCAGAAUUCCCCGACGUCCGUUGAUUCUUGCCUUCAGUAUGGCUUACCCUUCGAAGCUUGGCCAUUUGACGAAACACGACGAUAAGACGACAGUUUUCGUGGAUUUCUCUAAAGCUGGUGGUGUAUCUGUAGUUCCGGACAAGGGUUCGAGUAAGAAGAGGGAUCACGGGAUAUUGGCGAUUUUCGGGUGGGGGCUGUUUCUUCCCCUAGGGGCAAUCCUCGCGAGAUACCUCCGACAUAAAGAUCCGUUGUGGUAUUACCUUCAUGCUGUUGUCCAGUUCAUCGGCUUUGUCUUCGGCCUAGCUGCUGUUCUUCUCGGGUUACAGCUUUACAACAGAAUCAAACCCGAUAUACCUUCACACAGAGGCAUUGGAAUAUUCCUUCUAGUCCUCAGCAUCCUCCAGGUUUUGGCAUUCUUUCUGAGGCCUGAGAAAGAGACAAAGAUGAGAAGAUACUGGAACUGGUAUCACCAAUGGACAGGGAGGAUCUCCCUCUUCUUUGGAGCUCUGAACAUUGUUCUCGGGAUCACGCUUGCGAACGCAGGAGAUAGCUGGAAAAUCGGCUAUGGAUUCCUUCUCUCCGUGACGUUGCUCUCUUUUAUCGUUCUUGAAGUACUCAGAAUCCGAGGCUCUAUCGGUUCUUCCUCGUCUUCUGGCUCUGAUCCCACGUUUCGGAUGAACUCAAACACCAUAUGAUUCAAGAUCUUGUGUUCCUGUCCGAUUGAUUCUUCUUGGUUUUUGCUUCUUGAAUGUUUUUUCUUAAAUCUUUUUGGUUUCUUUGUAUAUAUAAUUGGCGUUUUUGUUGUUUUGGUUUGUUUGUAAUUCUCUCGACUCUAGUGUUGGGAUUUGAGGUUUUGAUGGCUGAGGCAAUGGCCAAUGGAUUCCCGUUGUUUUCCGGUUA